AUGUACGAAACGCCAAAGAAUAACAUCAACGAUGAUAAUGAUGAAGACAAAGAACCGAAAGAUCUGCGCGCGAGACGCACACAAACGACGACACUUGAUGACGCUCGCGUGGAAGGAAAUAUCUUCUUAAUAAGGGACGAAAAAACCUCCCCGGAAGAACACGAAUCCGCAGCCAUUUUGUUCGAGCUGAUGUCCGGCGCUGCGAGGGUGGUUUCCCAAGAAGGAGAAAAGAGGAAAAAGAGGAAGAAGCGCGGGAACGCGACGAACAACAACGCGAUGAUGAACAAAAACGCAAGUAAGAUGAUGAAAAAGACUUUGAUGACUCCAAUGGUGACGAAUACGAUGAAGACGACGAAGCGGAGAUUAUCGGCGAAGUUCGCGGAUGUUGAGGAGACUCGCGCCAGAGACGCCGCUUCCGCCGAGAAAGAGAAGAGGAAGAAGCGAGAACCGAAGAAAGAAGAAACGACGAAUGCAUCGAUGAUGAAACGAGAGAAGCAAGGACAACUUCAGCAACGGAACAUGUUUAUGAAUGAUUUCGUUUGUAAACAGUUGGAGGCGGACGCGAGCGUGCCGAAAAGCUGGGUCGCGUUCGCGCGAGCGACGGCGCGAGGCGAAGACGCGGCGGUGAUAGAAGCGUCGACGUGUUUAGACGACGCCGAGGACGAGUUUAAAUAUUUUAAAAGUAGACGGAAAACAACAGCGACGACGACGACGAGUAGCAAAAAGAAGAAGAACAACGAAAACGAGGACGAGGACGAGGACGAGGAGAACGAAGCGGGCGUAGAAGACCAGAAUGGCGUUUUUAUCGACGCCGCGUGUAGAAGAGCGCGAUAUUCAAAAGGCGUGACGAAACUGAGCGCGGAUUUGAUUCGACAGAACCCUUCCGCGGCGUGGUUGGAAUGCAUCGCGGCGGAUGCGCACGAUCGCGCACGACAAAUCUGGCGUACUAAGAAGAGAUGCGAAAAAAUGCGCAAGCAAAGCAUCGCUGCCAUGUUCAGAGGCAAAACGAUGAACGACGCCUCGGCGCAAAGCAAUCGAGAAGCGGCGGUGGAGGAUGUGAGCGCCAUAGCGCUCGCGAACAUCUGCGCAAACUGGGAACUUGGAUUGGCCAAAGAGAUAGAACUAUAUUGCGACCAGCUAGAAAAUGUGGAACUGAUUAGCGAGAAAGCGAUUGCGGAGAGCACCACCCCGUCAUCAUCUGAAGAAAGAACAUUCUCGAUGGAGCAGUUUGAACGCUCAGACGACCCCGAACACCAAAAGGCGAAGCGGCUCGCGACGAAGCUUCGCACGCACUCAGAAAAGGUAGCGGCGCUGUGGAGACACAACGCCAAAGGUAGAAAUGCUUUUUAA